GGAGGAAACACAUUCUAUUAGAGUCUAAAAAUUAACUCCUAUGUGUGUAGUCUUUCCCUAUUUAUUUUUCUUCAUCUUUUAUUAAACUAAUUAUAUUCAAUUGUCUACUUAAAAUUUAUAACGAAAAUAAUGAUAUUUUUGUAAAUUCGUAUCAGUUAUCGAAUUGAUUGAUUAUUUUUUUGAAGUUAUUAUUAAAAUAACAAUAAUGUCUACUUGUGCACGUAAAAAUAUCUCAUCUGAAGACAUGAAAGAUCAUGAAAGUGUGAAUAAAAAUAAUGGAUCAAUUCAAUUGAAAAAUCCACAUAUAGAGCGAAUGGAUCAAGAUUAUCUCUACCACCUUGCUUUAGGAACUGCAACUCAUGAUCUUGUGGAGAUGUUCAAAGAUGUUAAGUUCGUUUGUAUGGGUGGUGCAGCUAAAAGAAUGGAAGACUUUGCUCACUACGUUAUGAAUGAAAUAGACUACAAAUUACCAGUUGGUACAACUUUGUUGGAUCUGACUCAAAAAUCUCAACGUUUUUCUAUGUACAAAGUUGGUCCAGUUUUGUCAGUGAACCAUGGGAUAGGUGUUCCAUCAAUGGGUACUCUUCUUCAUGAAGUUGUUAAAUUGAUGUAUCAUGCUAAGGUAGUAGAUCCAGUAUUCAUUCGAAUUGGAACUUCUGGUGGUAUUGGAGUUGAAGCAGGAACCGUUGUUAUCACUGAAGAUGGAGUUGAUGCAAUGUUAAAUCCAUAUUAUCAACUGCCAAUUCUUGGGAAAAUGGUUCAACGUCCUGCAAAAUUAGAUAAAAAACUAACACAGGAAUUAAAAGCUAUGGUUAAGCAGGAGGAUUCUUUUAAAGUAGUCUGUGGAAAGACAAUGCACGCGGAUGACUUUUACGAAGGUCAAGGCCGACUUGAUGGUGCAUUUUGUGAUUAUACAGAAAAAGAUAAAAUUGAUUAUUUACGUCGUCUGCAAAAAGCAGGCGUAGUAAAUAUUGAGAUGGAAGCAUCUGCAUUUGCGGCUUUCACAUAUCAUGCAGGUAUCCGAGCUGCUAUUGUGUGCGUUACGUUUUUGGACAGGCUAAAAGGCGAUCAGGUAACAACUCCAAAAACGGUAUUAGAAGAAUGGCAAAAGAGACCUCAAAUCAUCGUAGCUCGAUAUAUAAAAAAAUCACUUCAAAAUAAAGAUUUCAAAGGUUUUUGAUUAAUUUAAAAAACAAUAAUUAUACUAGAGUAUUAAAGCUUCAAUUUUUUUUGAAGAGAUUCAUUUCAAACUUUUUAUUA